AUGAAGAAGGACGAGAGGCGGUACGUGCCAGACGAGCGCUCCUUCUCGAGCAUCAUGCGCUCUUGGGGAAACCCCUCUUCUGAACAACACCGUGAAUUGCGACCACCAAGAGUUGGCCCACUUGCUCGACUCCUCAUCGUCCGUGGUGGAGUCGUGAUUAUCAUAGCUGCUAUAGGCCUCCAGUUCGGCGCUCACCGACUCGGAGAGUUUUGCUUUGUAGGCCGACACCAGAGUCUGCUUCACGGCCGCUUGAUCCUCUUGAAAAUCGUUCGCCGUGACUCCUGUAUCGAGCAAGAAAUCGGCCGGGUUCAUAGCGACCGACGGCGCAAACCCGACUCCCGAGAAAUAAUCCAACGCGGCGCCGCCGUCCCCAAAAUACAGCGUACUCCCCUCCGACAACAAAAGCACCUUAUGAAACAUGUAGAAAAGCUUGCUCGACGGCUGGUGGAUCGUCAUCAAGACCGUCCGGCCGCCGCCUUCCGCGAGAUCCAACAGAGUCGAGACUAUCGUCUGGGCCGUGGUCGAGUCCAAACCGGACGUUGGCUCGUCGAGAAGCAACAAGCUGGGGUCGACCAACAACUCCUGCCCGAUACUCACUCUCUUCCUCUCCCCACCCGACACGCCUCGUUUGUGGGCCCCACCGAUCAGGCUGUCCCUGCACCCGUGCAGGCCCAGUCGUCCCAUCACGGCCUCGGCGUGUUGUACCUUGCUGCGGAGGAGGGCGGUGUAGACGAGCGUUUCCUUGACGGUGAGGUGGGGGUAGAGAUUGUCAUCCUGCGUGACGAACCCCGUGGAGCGCCUGACGGAGUUGGAGAACAGGCGGCCGUUGUAAGUGAUGGAGCCGCCCGCGGGGAGGCGGCCGCCGAGGGCGGUCAGGAGGGUCGUCUUGCCGCUGCCUGA